AUGUCGUUCCCGGUACGUGGAAAGAAUGCUAUCGUGACGGGUGCCGGUUCAGGAAUCAACCUGGCAUUCGCCAAAUUACUCGCCAGUAACGGCGCGCACGUCGUCGUCGCCGAUCUCCAAGAGACGCCCGCGUUCAAGGAAUUCCAGAAAGCCACCACCGCAACAAAGGUGCUCUUCCACAAGACGGACGUGUCGAGCUGGAAGGACCUGGAGAGUCUGUUUGCAUUUGCAAAGGCCGAGUUGGGCCAGAUUGACGUGCUGUGUAAUGGUGCUGGGGUCUUUGAACCGGACUGGUCUAGUUUCUGGAAAGACACCGAAAAGACCAGCUACAAGUCGAUCGACAUCAACGUGCAAGGGUUGAUGAAAGGCACACGGCUCGCGAUCCGCGACCAAAUCACCCGGUCGAAAGGCCGCGGCCGCGGGGGCGAGACCGUGGGAGUGAUCCUCAACAUCUCAUCGCUGGCCGCGCAGUACGCUCUCUUCAACCAACCCCUCUACGCGACCUCCAAGGCCGCCGUGUCGGCAUUCACUCGGUCCCUCGCGCCGCUGCACCAGGAGUUCGGGAUCAAGGUCGUUGCCGUCGCGCCGGGCAUGGUCAUGACGCCGCUGUGGAGCGAGAGCCCCGACAAGAUGAAGGCCAUCUCCGAAGACGACGUGUUUGCCACGCCCGAAGAGUUGGCCGAGACCAUGCUCCUGCUCGUCGAGAGCGCCGAGUACGAGGGCGGGACAGUCCUCGAGAGGCUCAAGAAUACGACGAGGAGGGUCUUGGUUGAUAGUCCAUUGCCAUCGGGCCCGGGCUCGACCAUGAGUAAGAUGGAUCUGAUCUAUGAGGACACCAUUGCUCUGUUGGAGGCUGAAAGGAAAGGAGGGGCCACGAAGUAG